UGUUCGUAAAGUCGAGCCUGUCGAGUUUUUUCGAUUUCGGCAGUAGCUAAACUGGCUAGACUUUGGAGGUUCGUUGAAUGCUCACCGUUUCUUUUAAUUUUCUAGUGUUGAGAAUCAUCCGCAUUGGCGUCAUGACAUCGACCAAAUAAGGUUCUUAACGCAGAAAACCAACCAGAGAGAUGGACGUGGAGAACGGGCCUUUCGAGAAGCUCGUGACAGAAUUAAAAGCGGCCUGGAGAGGAGAGCAGUUUGGAGAGCAGCGGGAUGCUGUCUGGGCCGUCUUCAAGGACAAAGUGCCACGCAGACACCGCACCUGCAACAGCAUCGUGGACCUCGUCGACAUCCUGGUCGACAGAGGAUUGAUCGCGCCUUGGGACACUCGGCUGUUACUCAAGCUGAGCCACCUGUUUCCCGGCAUCCGACAGGCUUCCGGCCUGGUCGCUGCCUACAACAAGGUAACUGCUCAUCGAGGAAAUGCCUGCACAAUGUGUCAGGGUGGCCAUUUCGAAGAAACGCCCACAACCCUGGCUUUGCCGUCCAAGUCUCGGCACAACCAAGAACGUGCGGAGUUGCUGUCAGCCAUCUUGUACCUCUGCCGGCGUUUCGGCGGUGGCCAUUCCUGGCGCGACCUGGUCCGGAGGUUUCCGGUGCCGCUGCACGUCAGGGAAGUGGACAUCAACAACAUCGAGGCCAUGCCCUGCGCCACGGACCCCGGCCGCAAGAACUGUCCAGAGUGCUCCAGUUACGAGGCGCUGUACCCGUGGAGCCAGCGCCACUCCAGGCGGGUCAACGCGGCGUUCUUGCGCGAGUGCCUGAAGAAGGACCUUGGACUGAGGACGUAUGCCAAUGAUCUUGAUCGACAGUACCACUUGUCGGAAGAGGUGCACUCCAAGUGCCUACUGGUCAAAGCGGACUUUUAUCCUCGCGACACGCUACCUGAAGGAUCGGUGUCUGUGCCGAUCGAGGAGCUAGUCGGGCACAUAAUGGACAAGGAAGAAAAUAAAGUUCCCUUCCGAUAGCGGAA